UUGGGCGGUUAGCAGGCGGCUCGGAGCGGGACCCUUAAAAAUAAAAACACCUCAUCGGGUACUCAGGGGUGGCAGCUCAACGCUCUAUUUGGAUAGAUAUUUUAUUGUUUUGAGAAAGAGUACAUUGGAAGUAUGUUUAAAAUGAUGUAUGCUGGCUAGACUGGUGAUCGGUCGGUAUUUGUUGUCGGGUUUCCUUGCUGCAAACUAACGUUAAAGUAUCAUAUCGCGAUGCUCGUCAGUUAACUCUUGACUCACAAACUUUACUUACCUCACGUAAUCUCUGCGACAGACUCACUCGCCUUGCUACACAAGGUUAGCUAGCAACAAAAAAGAGGACGAAAACAGUACAAACAUGCCACCCAAAAAGCAGCAGCUGAGGCCGACAGCAGCCAACGUCUCCAGCUCCCUGGACCUGGAGUCGGAGGACAUCAGCCUGGAGACAACCGUGCCGACCACCGAGGACAUCUCCUCGUCCGACGAGCAGCGGGACGGCUCCCAGAAGGUGACCCGCCAGCUGAUCGAGAGGAAAGAGCUGCUGCACAACGUCCAGCUACUGAAGAUCGAGCUUUCCCAGAGAAACCUGAUAAUAGACAACAUGAAGGCCGACCAUAUGUCAAAGAUUGAGGAACUGGAGGAGAGGCUGAAUGAUGCUAUACAUCAAAAACAAGUUUUGGCCCUGAGACUGGACAGCCAGUUGAAACUUACUCAAGAGGAGAACAGGAAGCAGCAGGCUCUGCGUAAGCAAGAGAUGGAGGCCAUCCUGCUCAGGCAGCAGCAGCUGGAGGAGACCAACCGGCAGCUGUGUGAGAAGGCUGGAGAGCUGCGGAGGUCUCUCAGGGACCUGGACAUCUCCCAGGACAGGUACCUGGAGCUGCGCGAUCUCCCUGACGACAAAGUCUCCAUACAGGAGUAUGUAGCUAUGCGUUUCUAUGAGGUAGUGACUCCUCUGCGGGCUCAGCUGGCUGAGCUCAGUGUAAAGAGAGGCAGUUUGACUGAAGACCUGGAUACACACAGAACACAGAUGAAGGCCUUGAUGGAGAGCUACGAGGAGGAGCGGCGGCUGCGUACUGAGCUGGAGUUGAGGAGCCAGAGACUGACCCUGGAACUGGCUGACACCAAACAGCAGAUCCAAGAGGGAGAUUAUCGCCGUGAUAACUACCCUGCAAUCAAACGUGAGCGUGACAACUUCGAGACAGAACUGAAGGAGUUAAAGAGAAGAUUUGAGACACUAGACUUGACUCACACUGCAGUGACCAGAGAGAGGAACACACUCGGCAAAGAGGUGGCGACAUUGCAGCAGUCAGUGACUCUCCUGCAGAAGGACAAGGAGUACCUCCACAGGCAGAACAUGGAGCUAAGUGUGCGCUGUGCACAUGAAGAAGACAGACUGGAGAGGCUGCAGGUGCAAUUAGAAGAUACUAAGAAGGCGAGGGAGGACGCCUACGAAAAAUAUGUAGCAUCCAGAGAUCUCUAUAAGUCAGAGUACGAAACCAAGCUGAGAGAAGAGUUGGAGAACAUCAGGCUGAAAACAAGUCAGGAGAUAGACAACCUGCAGAGAACCUCCAGGGAGAUGUAUGAGAGAGAGAACAGGAACUUGCGUGAGGCCAGAGACAAUGCAGUGCUGGAGAAGGACAGAGCAGUGGCUGCUGAGAGAGACACACAGUCCAGAUACGACCAGCUGCUGGAACAGUUUCGUCAGCUCCAGCUGGGUACUGACAGCCGGGUAGCAGAACUGUCCAACCAGGCCAAGCUGCACUCCUUCGAAGCUGAGCGUGCUCAGAUGGUCAAAGAUGAGACAGCCAAGGCCCUGGCCCAGUGCCAGGUGGAGUGUGAGAAACAGCAGAAGAAACUGGAGCUCCUGACCCAGGAGUUUUACAGGUUGCAGACGUCAUCAGAGAAGCGGUUGGCGGAGCUGCAAGCCCAGAAUGCCGAGCAGGCGUCUCGGCUGGAGACGUACGAAAAGCUGGAGCAAGAGUUGGAUCAAGUCACCAUGCAGGCUGCCGAAAUUGAGAAUGAAGAGGAGGCAGAGAGAGUUCUGUUCUCGUACGGCUACGGCGCCAACGUUCCCACAACGGCCAAGAGAAGACUGAAACAGAGCGUUCACCUGGCCCGCAGGGUGCUGCAGCUCGAGAGGCAGAACACGUCACUGAGGAGGGAGCUGGAGAGACACAAGUCACAGUCAGGACAGAUUUCUGACGAGUUAUUGGCAGCCAACCAGCUCUUACAGCAGACGCAGCAGCCCUAUAGCUACCUGAUUGAGUCGGUGAGACAAAGAGACGCGGAAAUCAGCACGCUAAAGGAGCGUCUCACCUCGCUUGAGGACGAUGUCAGUUCUCUGAGGAAAGAACGGACCGCACUGCAACAGGUGAAAAACAACAUGGCCGCCGAUCUGGAGCGACUCCUCAACCAUCGAGAGGAGUUAGCGGUGAUGAAGCAGGUCCUGAUCAGCAUGCGGUCCAGACAGGGGGACGCUCUAAACCUGUUGGAAACUGAUAGAACUGCUAUCAGGACCACUGGUGCGGGAAAAAACCAGUCCAAACGUAUCAGCCGGACCACAGAAGAAGAGUCACCAAACAAACCCAAACCCACUGUGUUUACAAAUAAAGAAGUUCCUGAUUGGUACCAAAAGGUGAAGCAGAAACCCAAAUGAACAUUCAUUUCUUUGACUAUUGUUGCUAUAAAUCGUCACUCAGGGCUCAAACGUUCUUUUUAAUUUAUCACAGCUUUUCAAAUUUCAGUUUUUGAAAUAAUAAAUAGCAGAAACUGUUA